CUAAGAAGAGAGAUUAAUGAUUUGAAACACCUUUUACGGAAGAAGUUUGCUGGAAUGCCAAAGUGUCCUUUCAGUGACUACCCUGUCGGCGUCAACAUCACCAACCCGGAAAAUCCCCACGAUCUACUCCAUAGCUUCAAUUAAAGCCAACACACAUCUUCGCAUAGUCGUUGGCCUGAUAUUAUUUAUCCCUGGAACUAGGUUUCUCCUGAUUCUAAUUUGAUACUGGACUGAUUCAUUCGCCCACUUAUACCUACAUACCGACGUACACACCCGCACUCACCAUGGCGGUACCCGGUCCCACGCUCCGCCGCCUCAUGAAAGAAGCUCAAGAGCUCUCCGAGUCCUCCUCCUCCCCAUCACCAUACUUCCACGCGCACCCCAUCUCCGACUCCAACCUCCUCGACUGGCACUUCACCCUCGCCGGACCCCCGUCGCCCUCCCCCUACGCCAACGGCAUCUAUCACGGCCGCAUCAUCCUCUCCCCGCAGUACCCGCUCCGCCCGCCGUCGUUCCGAUUUCUCACCCCCUCCGGCCGCUUCGAAGUUAACCGCGAGAUAUGCCUGAGUAUUAGCGGACACCAUGACGAGACAUGGCAGCCCGCGUGGGGGAUUCGCACAGCGCUGACGGCGAUACGCAGCUUUAUGGAUGGGGAUGCGAAGGGCCAGAUUGGUGGGAUUGAGGCGAGGGAGGAGGUGAGGAGGGAUUGGGCGAGGAGGAGUCGGGAGUGGAGGUGUGAGGUGUGUCCUGGGAGGAAGACGAACGAGGAGGUUUUGAAGGCGUGGUGGGAGGUGUGCAAGAAGAAGGGCGUGGCGGUGGAGGAGCAGGAGGAUAAGGCGGUGGGGAGCAAUGGGGCGGAGAGGCUGCCGGAUGGGUUGAGGGUGGUUUAUCGCGAUGAGUUGGGGAAGAGUGAGUCUCCGAUGAGCUUGCGAGAGCGUGCGCAGGAGCAUAUGACGCUGGCGGACUCCUCGGGCGAUGCUGGGACUGUGCAGGUGGAAAUAGCAUCUCGUGCUUCGAUAAUACCUGAAACUCAUUCUACUCCUGCUCCGCCUGCGUCUUCUGCGACUACGAACGUUCGUGAACGCAGGUCAAGGCCACGAACCCAGGCAUCUACAACUUCUACUACGAACAUCACCGCCACCACUCAAUCCACCGAUGGUCCUUGGCUAGACAGAGCUAUAGUUGCUGUCAUAAUCGCCCUGGCGCUGAUGGUCCUGAAGAAGAUAUUCUACUCCGCUUCAAAUGAAGAGCGAUUCUAGCGCGGAUAUAAUACCCAUUGGUCGUACAUAAUCGGCCUGAUUUCAGCGUUCGCAAAACCCUUCUAUAUCCAGACGAACAAAGACCUUACACGUGUUUUGUGAUAGGAGUUACCGGCAUAUCUUGUUGGCUUUGAUGCAUAUUCGUUUGGGAGUCACUACGAUGUGGAUCAAUUUUUCCUGAUUGUUUUGUACGGUGGGAUUUAUGGAAUGCUUUAGGGUCAUGCUAAAACAUUACACGCAGUCGACGACACAAUCAUUGAUUUUGGCGUUGAUAGGACUAACUUUGAAGCAAUUUCACUGAAGCUAUGACUGAACAUUCA